CCGAAUGAAAAUACAGUGUACUGCAAACAUGUACAGCCAACACAGAGUCUAAACGUUGUAAACAGGUCGAUCGAAUAAUUGCAUGUGGCCUUUUCUUGAGGAGUGAUCCAUUUAGGCUGUUCCUGUAGUCUUGGAUCAAUGGACGAUGCAGGUAGCGAUGAGCAGCGAGACUACGCGGCCUUCCUUGAGGCAUAUUCAAAGCCCACGCAGAUCUACAGCUAUUUGAAGCAUCGGCAGAAAAACAACCCGGUGUUUCUGCACCGUAGUCUUUCCUACUUGCAAGUGUCCAACAGAAAGCCACUUCGACGAAGGAAUAUACCGGGAUCCGCAGAGAGAGUAUGUUCUGCACUGCUGUCGACGCGCCAGCAAAUCAACUGGCAACGAGUCCGGUUCUUCGGGCCGUGCCAUGCAUCAAUCACUGAGCUACGCGGUCUGGAAGAUGUGCUCCUGGCCAAGUGUGGUGUUGAUACGGCCCACAUUGACAUAUCUCUUGUCAAACGCUCAACAACAGCAGCAGCAGCACAUCUCGAAGAGGAUGGUAUUUGCCAUGUCGUAUCACUGGGAUCGCUUGUGGCGCCUUGCACGUGGAAAGAUGCGGGAGAAACGCCUCCUGCCAGCCAAGCAGCUAACUGUGCGGCUGGCAGCUCCUCGUCUUCACUUUCAUCUCCAUCCUGCUCCGUCGAUCUGACUUGUAACACUGACAUUCUGCCCGAGCGGCUACAGGACAUCGUGGAUGACCCUCCGUCUAAGGACGAGUGCUGGUGUCUUGUGUUCAAGGUCUCCUUUGUCCCGGAUGCGGACACCAUCGAUAGCCUGCUCCCCGUCAGGCGACCAGUCGGACACCCUGUUCACUCGCACACAAAUCCCUCGCAGCAGCAGCAGCGCUCACAUACUGCCAGUCCUACUCCAACCAGUGCAGAUACAGCAGCGGCAGCAGUGGUCAGUGUAGGUGCGGCAUCAACAGCAACGACAUCAGCCGUGAGAGAUGCGUCAGCGUCCCCGCAGCGUCACCUUCGCUCUCGCCAACGCUCUUCGUCGGCGUCGCCACCGCCACCGCCAAUCCUACACGUGGCCAGCGGCACGGUGAUACGGCAUUCCACUCGCUCCGGCAGCGCCAUCGCUCCCGUCAAGUCCGCAGGGGCGUCAGGCGUGCGCAAGUCGCAGCUGCGGUUCACUCGCCGCGAUCAGUCCCCGCCGCCGCUAAUGCUCACCGCCUCCGUGCAGCCGAGCGGAGACAGGGCCCCCCGGGCGAGCGCAGCGUACACCAAGCCGCUGGGUCGCACCGCCAGUGGUGGUGCUGCCGGAGUUAGCAGCAACCCCGUCGCCCGCGCUCUGCCGUCGCUACUCCCGGCGAGCGCCGCCGUUGCCACGGCAUCGCCGCCGGCGGGCGUCUCGCGGAAAUCCCGCGAGCUCCGGAACCUGGCAAUGGACGACUGCUUCACCGCUCAGCUCCAGCAGAGUGCCGCCGCCGCCUCCGCUGCUGCUGCCAGUGCAGCAGCAACUGGGCCAUGCUUGCAGCGAACCAAGUCGAAAACGAGCAUCAAGUGCGACUCCAUGUCCGGAAAAGGUACUCCAGACAACGGUGCCAGUUCGAAUCCAAUCGCGGUGCAUGGUACGGGAAGUGAUCAGGAGAAGAUUGCGGCUCCGCAGCGAAGGCAGCGGCAACAGCCAGGAGCUGCUCUCGAGUCGGUGUGCUUCAAAGCCGAGGUUCGCAUUGCGGACGGCUCUAACCCGUUCUUACUGAAAGAGGGCACGUAUGAACUGUUCUGCAAGCGACACGCCACCUAUAGGCGGCCACACCGCGACUUCGUGGACGAGGACUGUGCGUCCAGUUGUCAGCCCAGCUCUGCCGAUUCCACGGAGACGUGCUCGUCUCCCCGGCACAGUCUACGGUCGUCGCGGCACUCGGACCACCGCUCACCUUCGCCCUCGUUUUCCACUCGCCGCAGCGCUCGCCUCUCCUCACCGCCCUCAUCCCAGCACUCCGAGGACUCGUACAGUGGCGAACAACAGCGGCAGCAGACCACCAGCGGCGGCGGGCGGGGGCGCUCCAGGAGCGGCGCGCCCCGCUCACUCUCGCGCUCUGCCUCUCCCGUACUCGUCAGCGGUGGUGGCCGCGCCGCAACUAAGCGACAUCACCGUUCUGCUGGUGCUGCAGUCGGCUGUGGUGGCGCACCAGCGGAGAAGUCCGGUGCAGAGUCGGCCAACGACGGCGAGCCACACUCCAAGCGCUCCUGUGGCGGUGGUGGUGGUAAUGGUGGUGGUGGUGCAUUGUCUGCCUCUAGCAGCGUCUCAAGCGAAACGGCGCCAGCUGACGACGACGAUGACACUGGGAAAGUGCUAUCCGAAGAGUCGGAGCUAGCUGCUGAGCUUGUGGCUGCUACUGCUGCUGCUGCUGCUGCUGCUGCUGCCGGCAGUAGUGGUAGUACAUGUAGUAGUAGUAAUAGUAGUGUUGGUGUGGAGUUGGAGCUGCGCCAAGAUCACACCACUGUACAGCCUGUAAAGACUCUGCCAGUUCUGAAGUUCAGCGUGUCUUGGCCGAGUGGCGCGCCCAUCAUCCAGUCAUCACCUGUUCAUAACAUCAAGAGUCUGCAGUAUCAACGUCGUCAAUCCGACGUGUGUGCCAAGCAAGCUGCCGACAGAUCACUGCCACCAGCCACAGCCGCAGCGGCAACAGCGCCGGUGAUGGUAUCGGCCACACCGCCAUCACCAACACCAACACCGGUCACGUGUAUACCAUCGUCGAUACCAGCCACUAACGGCACAUCGCAGGCAGCAGCAGCGGUGACGAUGACGGCAGUGGUGACGGUGGCAGCACCCGUUGCUCCACCGUUGCCGCCGGUGAUGCGCCAACCAGCACCGUCGUCCCUACAGCUCCAGCAAUCCCAUCCCCACCAACAAUCUCAUCCCCUUCAGCAACCUCAUCCCCUUCACCACCACCACCAGCCGCAGCAGCCGCAGCAGCAGCCACAGCUCGUCCUGUUCAACUUCAUGCACAACGGUGCCACGCUGCAGCAGACCCUGUCCAGGAACCCGUGGCUCUGUCCCUGGUGCUCGCGCAACUGCCGGCACGUCGCAGCUCUGACGCGUCACCUGCGUGCCUCGCAUCCUCGAUUCACCUUUCAUUUCCAACUGCAAGGCGCACAGCUGACGGUGAACGUGCAGGUGAAUGAGAGCUACGAGCACAUGUACAGCGGUGAUGCACACGAUCUGUUCUGCAUGUCUGCCAACCGCACUGGCUGUCCACAGCGUCGUCGUCCGCAAACCAAGUGCUGGGUUGCCAGACCCAGCUACUGUCGCGGCAUCGUUCCCGUGCGAGCUGAUCUGAACGCUCACGACGACUUGGACUGCCUAGAUGCCAAGGACACUGUGCAUGGGGACCGUGUUUAUUUCCGUUCGGCCACGUCGCUACCGCUGCUUCCUGCUGAGAUGGAGAUGGAUAGCGAGGAUGAGGAAACGCCGGCAUGGCUCAUAGACAAGACGGAAAUGAUGAUGGAGGAGUUCUCAGAUGUUAACGUUGGGGAGAAGGCGAUCAUGAAGCUCUGGAAUACGUUUGCGCUAAAAUUUCGGCCAAUAUCCGAUAUGCAGAUGCCCGAGAUGUGCAUGCAGUUUGUGGAGGAGCACUGGACGGAGAUACGCGACCGCGGCCUGCCGCGCAACUUUCUCCUCCACCUGGCGUGCGUCAGGGACUACGGCCUCCUCACGGCUGCGCAGGUGUACGACUGCCACAGGCGCUACAUGGACCUGUGUAAGCAAACUCCAUAGCCAGCGCGCCAUGACUACCUCAUCCUCUCUGUCAGAAUGAUUCUGCUACCCGCGCGCCUCUCUGGACACCGACGUUUGCUAGUGACUAGACUCCGUACUCUGAGCUUCGUCGAGUGGUCAUGCCCUCCCGAAAGUCGGUCGCAAAGCGUGAUGCGUGUAUGCACCGAGCCGUGGCAGUGGUGCAUUGUACGCCUGGCAGCCUGGCCGAGUGCAGUGACCGAACUGACCACCACCACCACCACCACUGCUGCUGGUGUAAACACAUGUCGGGCACUACGCUCACCAGUAUGGUGCUCGUGCACACUGCUGCCCUCGAUGUCAAGAUUUUGAACUGGGCUAGGCGCUCUUGUUUCUACUCCUGUACACUCUCCAAGGACAUUAGAGCAUGACUUCAAGCGAUGUCAAGCGAACUACAAGCACCAUGUACAUGAUUGCACACUAGCUAUUGUAUUGUCAAUCUCAUAAUAAUUAUUGCUACUAUUCCUUUCUUUUCUAGGAAUCUAGGUUUUUAUUUUUCGUGUCUGGACAAUUCCCGUCUUCGCAACUCUAGGUUUUCAUUUUUAACGAUAUAGUAUUUCGACUCUCGACUCCGACUCCAUGUCUCUCGCCUCUGUGUGUCUCGCCUUUUUGUCUGUCCCGUUUAUCUGGAUUGCUUCCUCAUGAUCUGGUGGUACUCUAUUUGUGUGUGUGUGUGUGUGUGUUUGUGUGCGUGUGUGUGUGUGUGUGUAUGUGCGCGUGCGCGUCGUUGUUGAUGUGUUUUGCGGGUAGGCUUCUGAUUCGCUUCAUGCAUAGGCCCUGCCAUGCGUCAUGUGGUGCAGUCAGUGCAUGUUCCCCGGGUGCCAGGCUGCGUCUGUUUUUCUCUCUGGCGCUGUCCCCCUGCCUUAGGAAUUACCCCCCCCCCCCCCGUUGUGUAUGUGCGCCUUACAACAAGCAACUUGUGGAUGUUGCAUUGCGGCUUCGGUGUACCUUACCUAAUCUCACCACAUACCCAUCAGUUCUAUUUUCGUACCCAACUGUGUUGUGAAUAUUUUGUUAGUUGUUAUAUAAACUUAUUUUUUUACCCUGUUUUUUACGGAAGUCAUUGUACCGGUGCUGGUCGUUUUAUUGCAUCGUUACUGGAAGCCCUCAGCCUGUGAUCAAGUCUCAUUGCCACUCUAUA